UUCUCCGGGAAGCAAAGCUCCAAGCUUUCCAAGAAACUCAAAGAAAAUGGAAGAAAGUUUCGUAAAGGAGAGUAAGGAAUUCAGGCUUAAUCCACAGAAACCCUAGUUCUGGAUUCGAUUUCCUAUUCAUCUACAGAAGAGCCGCACCUAAAAGCGCAAAAAGAUUCAUUUUUCUUGUUCUCUUUCUCAUUCUUUUCUUCCUCUUAGAGCAAUCGCUUUGUCCCACAGCCCACUCAACGAAUCUCUCGUCUCUUUUCUCGCUUUUCGAUUUUCUGCGCAAUAUAUAUGCAGAAAAGGGAAAAUGGGUAUCACGAUAAUCGUCGGUUCCUCGAACAUUGUAGGAGAAGAAGAAAAAGAAAGUGAGGAAGAGGAGCUGAGAUUGGUCGGCUAUGGCGAGCUCCAGCGGUGGGAGAGGGGGAGAGGAUGGUCGGCCGCCGCAGAUGCAACCGGUGCGGUCGUUGUCGCGGAGGAUGACGCGAGCCGGGACGAUGAUGAUCGACCGUCCAAACGAGGACGAGAGCGCCAUUGAUAGCGAGCUCGUGCCUUCUUCUCUCGCCUCCAUCGCUCCGAUUCUGCGAGUCGCUAAUGACAUCGAGAAUGAUAACCCUAGGGUUGCUUACCUCUGUCGCUUCCUUGCAUUGGAGAAGGCUCAUAGAAUGGAUCAAACAUCUAGUGGGCGAGGUGUCCGUCAAUUUAAGACCUAUCUGUUGCACAGAUUAGAAAGGGAGGAAGAGGAAACAGAACGUAAGUUGGCUAAGAGUGACCCAAGAGAAAUUCAACUGUACUAUAAAAACUUCUACGAGAAAUAUAUCAAAGAAGGAGAAGCGACCAAAACACCGGAGGAGAUGGCUAAGCUUUACCAGAUAGCGACUGUGUUGUAUGAUGUUCUAAGGACCGUGGUUCCUGAGUCAAGAAUAGAUGAGGAGACCCUCAGAUAUGCCGACGAAGUUGAAAGAAAGAAGGAGCAGUAUGAACACUAUAACAUUCUUCCGCUGUAUGCUGUAGGGGCCAGAACUGCAAUAAUGGAGCUCCCCGAGAUUAAAGCGGCUUUUAGUGCUGUACGUAAUGUGCAAGGUCUUCCUCGACCGAGAUUUCAUUCGACCUCGGCUAACCCAGAUGAAAAGCUGAAGGAAAGAGCUCAGUCUUUUAACGACAUUCUUGAAUGGCUUGCAUUGGUUUUUGGUUUUCAGAGAGGAAAUGUAGCCAACCAGAGGGAACAUCUUAUACUGCUGCUUGCCAACAUCGACGUAAGAAAGAGGAAUCUCGAGUCUUAUGAUGAGCUCAAGCCAAGCACUGUGGAGAAGUUGAUGGAGAGAAUUUUCAAGAAUUACAGGUCAUGGUGCAAGUAUUUGAGAUGUGAAUCAUAUAUCAGGUUUCCUUCAGGUUGCAACAAACAGCAGCUAAGUCUUAUAUACCUUGGUCUUUAUCUUCUCAUAUGGGGCGAAGCAUCAAAUGUCCGCUUCAUGCCUGAAUGCCUUUGCUACAUAUUCCACAAUAUGGCCAAUGAAGUCUAUGGAAUUCUGUUUAGCAAUGCUCACCAUGUAACUGGAGACACAUUUGAAGCAGCCGCGCCUGAUGAAGAAGCAUUUUUAAGAAAUGUUAUAACACCAAUCUACCAAGUGUUACGCAAGGAAGCCCGGAGAAACAAAGGGGGCAAGGCAAGCCACUCAAAGUGGAGAAACUAUGAUGAUCUAAAUGAAUACUUUUGGGAUAAGAGGUGUUUCAGGCUUAAAUGGCCAAUGAACUUUAAGGCAGAUUUCUUCAUCCACUCUGACGACAAACCACAACCUCCAAAUGAGAGACCUGACCAAGUUUCUUACGGGAAAAGGAAACCCAAAACUAACUUUGUCGAAGCCCGCACAUUUUGGCACCUCUAUCGAAGUUUUGACCGGAUGUGGAUUUUCCUUGUGCUGGCUCUUCAGGCUAUGAUAAUAGUUGCCUGGAGUCCCUCAGGCUUACUUGCCUUCUUUUAUAAGGAUGGCUUCCGCACUAUAUUGACCAUCUUCAUCACUUCAGCUUUCCUUAAUCUUCUGCAAGCAACUCUGGAUAUAAUUCUUAGUUUUGGGGCCUGGAGAGGCCUAAAAUUCACUCAAAUACUGCGUUACUUCUUCAAAUUUUUAAUGGCUGCCAUGUGGGCAGUCGUUUUGCCGAUUACGUACUCAAAGUCGGUGCAGAAUCCAACUGGACUUAUGAAGUUCUUCAGUAGCUGGGUUGGGAGUUGGUUGGACCAGUCAUUAUACAAUUAUGCUGUUGCCUUUUAUGUAUUACCAAAUAUUUUGGCUGCAUUAUUCUUCCUUCUUCCACCUUUACGGAGAAUCUUGGAGCGAUCAAACAUGCGGAUUGUCACAUUUAUCAUGUGGUGGGCACAGCCAAAACUGUACGUCGGUAGAGGAAUGCAUGAGGACAUGUUCUCGCUUUUCAAGUAUACAUUCUUUUGGGUCAUGCUGCUAUUGAGCAAGCUCGCCUUUAGUUACUAUGUGGAGAUAUUACCGCUCGUUAAUCCAACAAAGGUGAUAUGGGAUUUGCAAGUCGUUAACUACCAGUGGCAUGAGUUCUUUCCGAAUGCCACUCAUAACAUAGGAGUAAUUAUCUCGAUUUGGGCCCCAAUUGUCUUGGUUUAUUUCAUGGAUACACAAAUAUGGUAUGCCAUCUUUUCCACUCUGUUUGGUGGGAUUUAUGGAGCUUUCAGCCAUUUGGGGGAGAUUCGCACACUUGGGAUGUUAAGGUCCAGAUUUAAGUUUGUUCCAUCUGAAUUCUGUAGUAAACUUACACCACUAUCCUACGGGCAUGCAAAAAGAAAGCACCUGGAAGAAACAGUGGACGAGAAGGACAUUGCAAGGUUCUCACAAGUGUGGAAUAAGUUCAUAAACACUAUGCGAGAUGAGGAUCUGAUCAAUGAUAGAGAAAGAGAUUUGCUGCUUUUACCUUCUUCUUCUGGAGACGUCUCUGUUGUACAAUGGCCGCCUUUCUUGCUUGCUAGCAAAAUUCCAAUAGCACUAGACAUGGCAAAAGAUUUCAAGGGAAAGGAGGACGCUGAUUUAUUCAAGAAAAUCAGAAGUGAAUAUUAUAUGCAUUAUGCUGUGAUUGAAGCUUAUGAAACCGUGAGGGACAUUAUAUACGGUCUUCUAGAAGAUGAAUCUGAUAAAAGGAUUGUGAGGGAGAUUUGCUAUGAAGUAGAUGUCAGCAUACAGCAACAUAGAUUCUUAACUGAGUUCCGAAUGAGCGGUCUGCCUCUGCUCAGUGAUAAACUGGAGAAGUUUCUAAGCAUCCUGCUAAGUGAUUAUGAUGAUGUUGAAACGUACAAGUCUCAGAUAAUCAACAUCCUCCAGGACAUUAUUGAAAUCAUCACACAGGAUGUUAUGCUUAAUGGUCACGAAAUUCUUGAAAGGGCCCAUUUACAGACUGGUGAUAUUGAGAGUGACAAGAAAGAGCAGAGGUUCGAGAAAAUAAAUCUUCGUCUGACACAUAAUUUAUCUUGGAGGGAAAAGGUUGUUAGACUUUGGUUACUUGUUACUGUUAAAGAAUCUGCGAUAAAUGUACCCCAAAAUUUGGAAGCACGACGCCGUAUCACCUUCUUUGCAAAUUCCCUAUUCAUGAAAUUGCCAGAUGCUCCACGAGUUCGUGACAUGCUGUCCUUUAGCGUUUUAACUCCUUAUUACAAAGAAGAAGUGCUUUAUUCCGAGGAGGAACUCAAUAAGGAAAAUGAAGAUGGAGUGACAAUGUUGUUUUACCUGCAGAAAAUAUAUCCUGAGGAAUGGUCAAACUACUUAGAACGUGUAGGGGAUUCUAAGCGAAACUUUGCUGAGAAAGACAAGAUAGAUCAACUUCGUCAGUGGGUAUCUUACAGAGGCCAGACACUUGCCAGGACAGUAAGGGGAAUGAUGUACUACAGACAAGCUCUAGAACUUCAGUGCUUCCAGGAAUUUGCAGGAGAUGAUGAUAAGCACAGUGGCUACCAUGCCAUGGAAACAAAUGAGGAUGACCAAAAGUCUUUUAAUGAUCGUACGCGAGCUCUUGCAGAUUUGAAAUUCACAUAUGUGGUAUCGUGUCAGGUUUAUGGGAACCAGAAAAAGUCCAGCGAUCUUCGGGAUCGGAGUAGUUACAAUAACAUUUUACAGCUUAUGCUGAAGUAUCCAUCUCUACGUGUUGCCUACAUAGAUGAAAGGGAGGAGACAGUAAAUGGAAAAUCGCAGAAAGUAUUCUACUCUGUGCUUCUUAAGGGAUGUGAUAAGUUAGAUGAGGAAAUAUAUCGCAUUAAACUUCCUGGUCCUCCUACCGAAAUUGGAGAAGGAAAGCCUGAGAACCAAAAUCAUGCCCUGAUUUUUACACGUGGUGAAGCACUUCAGACCAUAGACAUGAACCAGGACAAUUACUUUGAAGAGGCCUUCAAAAUGAGGAAUGUGCUGCAGGAAUUUAUACAAGAUUGCCGUGGCAAGAGAAAACCUACAAUUUUGGGUCUUAGGGAACACAUAUUUACUGGAAGUGUUUCAUCACUGGCAUGGUUCAUGUCAAAUCAGGAGACAAGUUUCGUUACCAUUGGCCAAAGAGUUUUGGCAAAUCCUCUGAGGGUCCGUUUCCAUUAUGGUCAUCCAGAUAUCUUUGAUAGAAUUUUCCACAUAACGAGGGGUGGCAUUAGCAAGGCUUCAAGGAUCAUAAACUUAAGCGAAGACAUCUUUGCAGGGUACAAUUCAACUCUCCGUGGGGGAUACGUCACACAUCAUGAAUAUAUCCAAGUUGGAAAGGGACGUGAUGUAGGAAUGAAUCAAAUUUCCUUUUUUGAAGCCAAAGUUGCAAAUGGGAACGGAGAACAGACUCUUAGUCGUGAUGUUUAUCGUCUGGGCCGCCGGUUUGAUUUUUACAGGAUGCUCUCAUUCUACUUCACCACAGUCGGUUUCUAUUUUAGUAGCAUGAUGACCGUGCUUACGGUGUAUGUGUUCCUUUAUGGACGUCUUUACAUGGUUAUGAGCGGGUUGGAAAGAGAGAUCCUUGAAAGUGCAAGAGUACAUCAGUCGAAAGCCCUUGAAGAGGCAUUGACAGCCCAAUCUGUUUUUCAGUUGGGUUUCUUGAUGGUUCUACCAAUGGUUAUGGAAAUAGGACUCGAAAAAGGGUUUCGCACCGCUCUAGGUGAUUUUAUCAUUAUGCAACUUCAGCUUGCCUCUGUUUUCUUCACAUUUCAGCUCGGAACAAAAGCACAUUACUUUGGGAGGACGAUUUUACAUGGAGGUUCUAAGUACCGAGCAACAGGUCGAGGAUUCGUGGUUUUCCAUGCAAAGUUUGCUGAUAAUUAUAGGUUGUAUUCUCGAAGUCAUUUCGUAAAGGGACUGGAGUUGGCCAUACUACUGGUUGUCUAUCAAGUCUAUGGGAAUUCGUACCGAAGUUCAAAUCUUUAUAUGUACAUUACCUUCUCAAUGUGGUUCCUAGUAGCUUCAUGGUUGUUUGCACCAUUUAUAUUCAAUCCGGCCGGCUUUGAAUGGCAAAAGACAGUGGACGACUGGACUGACUGGAAAAGAUGGAUGGGAAACCGUGGUGGCAUUGGAAUUUCUGUUGAAAAGAGUUGGGAAUCAUGGUGGGACGGUGAACAAGAACACCUCAAACACACAAAUAUAAGGGGAAGGGUUCUCGAGAUAAUUCUCGCUCUUCGUUUCCUCCUUUACCAGUAUGGAAUCGUCUACCAUCUGAAUAUUGCCCAUCGCCACACCGACUUUCUGGUUUACGGCCUCUCUUGGGUUGUCUUGCUCACGGUUCUACUCGUCCUAAAGCUGGUAUCGAUGGGUAGAAGGAGAUUCGGGACAGAUUUUCAGCUAAUGUUCAGGAUUCUCAAGGCUCUUCUCUUCCUCGGGUUCUUGUCAGUCAUGACAGUAUUAUUCGUAGUUGCGGGCCUCACAAUUCUAGAUGUAUGUGCCGCCAUCCUGGCUUUCUUGCCUACUGGUUGGGCGAUUCUUCUUAUUGGACAAGCCCUUAGAAGCGUGUUGAAGGGACUCGGGUUCUGGGAAUCGAUAAAGGAGCUGGGGAGGGCGUAUGAGUACAUAAUGGGGCUGGUGAUAUUCACGCCCAUAGCUGUAUUGUCGUGGUUCCCUUUCGUCUCGGAGUUCCAAACACGUCUUCUGUUCAACCAGGCAUUCAGCCGUGGCCUCCAGAUCUCCAUGAUUCUUUCUGGAAAUAAAGACAAGCAGGCCCCUUCCUCCUCCAAGUAGCAGCUUUCUUCCUCUCUUUUAUGUACUCCGUUGUAUUAUUUGAAACCACUGGCUGUCCGUUCCUUUGUUUAGUUAUUUACCUUUUUCACUCCAAGAUGAGAUUAUACAGAAAUUUGCUGAUUGUUUAGACAUGAAGACUUGAUCAUCUGACUGGAAAUGUUGUUGUAUGUAAAAAAAAACCUCUGCCUUAGAUGCAAUAUCCCAAGUCUACGUGGCAUAAACUGUCGGUCAACCCCGACUUUGGAUUUUGUUGACCUUCUUCUCUGCCUCUCUCCUCAUCUCGGAUAUGAUGAGUUGGAGAAUUAGACUUGUUCACGGAUCGAUUGUUCUCAAUUGGUCAUUGUCGCGUCUAAGGAUUUCCGUUUCGAAGGAAAACGGUCAAGCGAACGGUAUUUUUCAUUGGCGACGCUGUUGGGAGG